GCUUUUCGAAACGGCAGACCAUGCUGUCGUUCCGUAACUCAAACCAAACAAUCAACUGGAAAAUUUUAGGGCACAAUAAUGUUGUUUCACGUCCGCUCGUAGGUUUUCCUCGGAAAAUCCUUCGUUGUUCGUCAGAAAAUCUUGAAUUUCGCUGUGUUUCUACUUCGAUUUCGACGGAUUAUCGGCGUAUUUCAUCUGUUGAGAGAUCUGGCACUGCUGAAUUCGCUUUGUCGAGGUUUCGUACAAGAAUCGCCUUGGUCACGCUUCCUGUUUAGGUUUAUGGAGUUUUGGAUCUCACGGGGCUGAUGUUUUCCGUGGGAAUCUUUGAUUGAUCAGCAUUUCCGGACUCGAUCCGAAGGACAGCUGCGAAGAAGAUAUUGGGUUUUGAUUGCGCCGAGAGUUCGUGUUCUUGGGUUAUCAGGUGGGACUCUUUUCGGAGUUUUUGCUUUCUUAGGUUUCAAUUGAAGAAUCGACUGGAAAAUAGACAUGGAUUACCGGCCUUCGGACAGUAGUGGUACAGAUGAUGACUUACCUCCUUCACAUCAAAGUAGAUUUCAAAGAGGGGGCCGACCUGCUGGCAAUGGCAGGCCCUCUGUUCUCAAUUCUGCUCCUCAAUCAAGGAUGCAAAAUGACAUGGAAACUCAGAUUCAUCUAAUCGAGCAAGAAGCUUAUUGUUCGAUACUCCGUGCCUUUAAAGCUCAGUCUGAUGCAAUCACCUGGGAGAAAGAAAGUUUGAUCACUGAACUUAGAAAGGAACUUCGGGUAUCAGAUGAGGAACACAGGGAACUGUUAUCAAGGGUUAAUGCUGAUGACAUGAUCAGGCGAAUAAGGGAAUGGAGAAAGUCAAAUGGCCUUCAGUCUAGUGUUCCCCAACUUGUUCAUGAUCCUACUCCCAGUCCAACUGUUUCGGGAUCACGUAAGAAGCAAAAAACAUCUCAAUCAAUGGCUUCGUUGUCCAUGGGCCCACCAUCUCCUGCUUUGCACCCUUCAAUGCAGCCAUCAUCAUCUGCUCUUAGAAGGGGAGGCCUGCCACCAGGUCCAAAGACCAAGAAGCCGAAAGCAUCAAUGCAAUACCCUGCCCCAGGUGUUGCUGGAAGACCCCAAGCUGGUAACCUAACUGUUGCUUUAACAAAUGAACCUGCUGAAUCAGGAUCAUAUGAUCCAUUGAUCGGACGGAAGGUUUGGACGAGGUGGCCUGAAGACAACCAUUUCUAUGAGGCUGUUAUAACCGAUUACAACCCCGUUGAGGGACGGCAUGCUCUGGUGUACGAUAUUAAUACAGCGAACGAAACUUGGGAAUGGGUAAAUCUGAAAGAGAUAUCUCCGGAAGAUAUCAGAUGGGAGGAGGAAGAACCAGGAAUUCCACGGAAAGGUGGUCGUCCUGGUCAAGGCCGAGGGGUUAAAAAGACAAUGCCUCGUAGUGGUCCAUUAACUAAUGCAGGAAGAGGUAGGGGAACCAUGAAGACACAGCCCAAGGCACAGAAUGGCAUCGGGAAGAAAGCUUUAGGCGACAUCGAAAUACUCCACACCGAUACGUUAAUAAAAGAGGUAGAAAAAGUUUUCGGGUCGAGUAAUCCUGAUCCCAUCGAAGUAGAGAAAGCAAAGAGGGUGUUGAGAGAUCAUGAACAAGCCCUCAUCGACGCCAUUGCAAAGCUCGAAGAAAUAUCAGACGGAGAAAGCGAUGACGUGGGCCGUGCUUUCUUGCAUGGGCAACCACUGGACGAAGGGACAAUACGAUGAGAUGGUGGAAGGCGCCGACAGGAAUGGGUUUCGAUAUUUUUUGUUCCAUAGCUGUCUUUGUUGUUAUGUGGUAUUAAAUUAGGGUUUGUAGUUUUGUAAUAUGAUCCUUCAGUCUUUGAUGGUGUAAGACUGUACUGUCAUCUGUAUCUUCUCAUGGCUCUUCAAUCAAUAGGUUAUGUUAACUUAA